GAGGUUAACCUUUGCGUCAAAAUCAACGUCAGUCAGAUUUGUUUCGUAACAAUUUUCUCACCAAAAAAAGUUUUUUGAGAGGUAUCUCAAUUAAUAUUAAAAAUGAGUCUGGGAAGUUCGCUAUACAACUUGGUCUUCAAGAGGACCUCUACUUUUGCUUUGACUUGUGCAGUAUCUGUCCUCUUCUUUGAGAGAACCUUCGAUCUAGCUUCCGAAAAAAUCUUUGAUAAGGUUAAUGAAGGGAAAUUAUGGAAGGACAUUAAGCACCGAUAUGAAUGAACGAGUUGAGAUCUAUUAGCUUUAUAAAUGUAUAUAAUUCAUUAUUAUAGAUGAGUGAUUGUAGUGAA